AUGGCGGACUGGGCACAGGAGGAACUCGCAAAGCCUGGAGAAACAUGGAUUAAAUUUGACGGGCUCAGACAGGAGGGGGGGGUUCGUGCUUGGGUAGCCUCGACUCAUAUUCACUACUACUUCGUGAACCUCCUGGUGAUUAUUCUACUCGACCCUUCUUUAAGCUGGAAAGUUGGCAUGGAGAUAAUGGACAUUCGAUGGAUCGCCGAUGUGGUCUCAUUCUGCCUUUUCAAGGGCAUGACGAAGGGAACAUUUUGCACUGCUCAAGAUAUUAAAAAAAAGGAAUCUUCAAGUAGUUGGGCGAUCUUGGAGUGGCUUUAUCAAUACGGUUGGGUGUGGUUUACCGCUUCAGUAAAUAUCAUGUGCUACGCUAUGAUAGCACUAGUUCUCAAAGAUAUCGUUCUAGUGAAUGGAUACAAGAUACAGCUGCGGCGCAAAUUGGACGCGAGUAUCGUUAAAUCAGCUUUCGACGGUAGCCUGGAUGGUACCGUAGAAAUAAGCUUUUCAGUUCAACAAUCCAACACGAUUGCCAUGCAGAUGCUUUUAAACCUUCUCGGCUACCCUGCGGUAUACCUCGUUGCAAUCUUUCCCAUGUCCCUUGUCCGCUGGCUCUCUUUUUGUGGGAUAGAGAUGCCCUUUAUCGCCACCGCGUUUGCCCGCAUUCUAUUCUCGUCAUCCGGUAUUCUUAAUUUUCCAACCGAGGCCACUUCAACUCACGGAGGACUUGCGAUUACCGCGGCUCCAUUCCUAGCCCCGGCGUACAAACUGGCUUCAGACGAACCCCAGUCUCUCCGAGAACUCAGGAUAGUAUUGAGAGAGAAGGGUGGAAAUGCCGUUCUCACACCAGUCCGGGGGAAAUAG